CCCCCGGCUCGGCCCAGCAGCGCAAUGUCCGCUCGGUGCUGAUGCGGCGGGACACCGGGCACUGCUGACAGGCCCGACGGCCGGCUGGGCUCCCGGCCGAGCCCUGCGUCGUCACCGGUUGGGCCCAUAGAGCGGGAUCGGUCACAGCCCGGACCAUCCACCGACCGCUGAGGUCGGAUGUGUUCGCCGGUGGUGAGGGAGCGUGGAGCCGGGAGCUGCUAAGUGUGCUUAUCUGCUCGUGCACUGGACCAUGGACUCAUUGAGGGCGUUCCAGGUGUGAAAAUGUCCGGCAGUAACCGGGACUUAGUGAUUGACUUUGUUUCCUACAAGCUCUCGCAGAAGGGGCACUGCUGGAGCGAGCUGGAGGAAGAGGAUGAGAACAGGACUGACACUGCGGCAGAGGCAGAGAUGGACAGCGUCCUCAACGGGAGCCCAUCGUGGCACCCGCCUGCCGGCCACGUAGUGAAUGGAGCCACCGUGCACCGGAGCAGCAUGGAAGUUCAUGAAAUCGUCGGAGCAUCUGACGUGAGGCAGGCGCUGAGAGAAGCAGGGGAUGAGUUUGAGCUGAGGUACAGGAGGGCUUUCAGCGACCUCACCUCCCAGCUCCACAUCACCCCUGGCACGGCGUACCAGAGCUUCGAGCAGGUAGUCAAUGAACUCUUCCACGAUGGUGUGAACUGGGGGCGCAUUGUGGCUUUCUUCUCCUUCGGAGGGGCUCUGUGCGUGGAGAGCGUGGACAAGGAGAUGCGGGUACUGGUGGGACGCAUUGUGUCUUGGAUGACCACGUACUUGACCGACCAUCUAGAUCCCUGGAUCCAGGAGAAUGGCGGCUGGGAGCGCUUUGUGGACCUGUAUGGGAAUAAUGCUGCUGCCGAGCUGAGGAAGGGCCAGGAGACCUUCAACAAAUGGCUCCUGACCGGGGCGACCGUGGCCGGAGUUCUUCUGCUGGGAUCCCUGCUGAGCCGCAAGUGAUCCAUGGUUGUGUCCCCCUGGCACCAGGAUGGCUGCGCCUUCACCAUCACAUCCACUACGCAGCUCCCGAGCACCAUCACCAUCACGGGGCACUCACCCAGCUCCACGGAGCUUCCUUCCUCGCUCCUCCAGCUCCUUUUCUUGUAGCCCCUCUCAUUUACCGUUCCGUUGUGUUUUAAAGGCGCUCAGAGCAAUGCAGCACUUCAGCCAACAGCUCCCAGCGCUGGGCAGAUCCCGGCGGGUGGGAUGAAUAGUGGCUAGAAGGUGUCCCAGCCCUGCAGGAUCCUUUAGAUCACUUUGAAAAAGAAUAAACAGACUUAUUUUUGCAUGUG